CGGGGCAGCGCCAUCAUUUCCGCUCCUACUUCAAUCCACUGAAAUAUUACGUUUAAUAAUAUAGGGCUUCUUAACAUGUCGUCUUCUUUGGUACACUUGUCGAGAACACACGUAAAUAAUGUCCGAAGCUGCUGUCGAUGAAGUUUCCGUCUUAUCUUCAAUCUACUGCGGAGAAGGAGAGUUCCAGCUCCUCCAGCAGUCCGCACAGGAUGGGCUCAUGGUCCAGAUUAACAGGAGUGUUGAAGGAGUGGAUGUAAAACUCUUGUUCCAUCUGCACCUGCGCUACCCUUCCUGUCCCCCCGGCAUCUCCGUCUCCUCCAGCGUCCUCUCCAGGACUCAGUGUCACGACAUCAGGCAGAAGCUGCUGGAUCAAGCUGCUGCUUUACCUCCAGAGCCGAUGGUUCAUCAGCUAGUGGAAUGGUUGCAGUGUGUGGUGACGGAGAGCUUCACAGGCGGUGAGGAGGAGGAGGGAGGAGAGAUGAAAGAAGCGGAGCAGUGGACGGCGGCGCUGUCGUUGGACCACAUCCGAUCUCCAAAUCGCUACAUCAGUCUGCUGGAGCGCUGGACCCAGCAGCUGCAGCUCAGUGGGAGGUUGCUACUGGGACAAAGUAUACUGGUAAUUCUGCAGGGAGCCAGAUCCAACAUUAAGGAGUUUUGUCGCCUUUUGAGGACAGUGAAGGUGGAUGUUGAUUCUUCAGGCAAGAAAUGCAAAGAGAGAAUGAUGAAAGUUCUCACUGAAAGCCCUACGUCCUCCUUCAGUGGACAUGAGUAUGGAUCACAGAAAAUCCAGGGUUUUGUAGUGAAGAACUACAAAUCCCUCCCAGAGUUGACUGCGGCUUUCCAGGAAAUCAACAUGACUGGUCUCUACCAGCAGAUACGGCCGUCACUGAGGGACUCAACCGCCGUGACUCUACCGCCACCCAAAUAAGGCCUAUUUGGGCUGUUGAGGCUCAGUGUGUGUAGACCAGGUCCCUGUUACUUUGGACAAGACAAUUUACCUCAAAUUGAUCAUGAAUGUGUAGGAAUGGUCUUGAUGGAUGGUCUUGAUGUCAAUGUGUGUGAAUGGGGCAAUGGACAUGUACUGGAAAUGUGCUUUGAGUGGUCAAGAAACAAGACUACAGCGCUGUAUACCAUUAGCAAGUGGUUAAAUAAUUGGGAAAUGCACAUUGUAAAUGUUAAACAAUCAGCCAAAGGGUAAGUAGUAGCAAACAACUAGGCUCUAUUUUCCAAAUACAAGUUAAACAAAUGGAUUUGUGAAUGUUGAUUUUCACCUCUGCCUUUUAUUCAUCUGUCACUAAUCUAGACUCAUAGCAGACACGGCAUUCCAGCUGCUAGUUUGUACAGUGCACUAUUUUGGGCCUUUCGUAACCCUCCUCACAACCACUGCAAGGAUACAUUUCUAACAUCUCUAACAUUGAUUAGUCAAAUGACAGCAAGACGUUUAUGCACCGAUGUUUAUAAAGAUGAUCACCUACACCCAAGAUUGAUUACCAGCACUUUGUUUUUGCCCUGAGCUCCCCUUGUUUUAGCCUCUUGAUCUUCUAUAUAUUCCUGCCAAGGAUCGUUGGCACUCAUUUGCAGCGUUAUUGCAGCACUUGACUUGGAAUCGAUUCACUGCUAAUGCAUUUGUAUGCCGCAAAAACCAGCACAUCUCAGGUUGCUGAUCCAUUGUCAUUUUUCUAUAUUAAUCUCUUUCUUAACAAGCAGUUUGACAUCUGCAUUUAGCCUUGUUCGGAAGUACAAAAAUGUCUUGUGAAACAAUUGAACCCUUUGAAAGACACCAACACAUUAGAAGACUCCAUGGUUAAGGAGUUCCAUAUGAACACUGGAAAAAGACUUGCCAUGUACAUUUUUUCACUUGAUAAGGUCCUACUGGGACUUAAACCCAGAUUACUGGAAUCACGGCUCGGAGUGCUGACCAUUACACCAUGGUGUGUUUGAAUCUAAAUGUUUCAAUUUGUAUCCACAUCUUCAAAUGACUCCGACCAAAGCAUACAUUUACGUUAGGCCGGAAAAAAGUACCAAAUGGGGCAGCAUUAGCAUACAUGCAGGACUGACCUGAAAUGUAUGUGAGGUCUUCAUGGCAGUGUAGAGUGAACCUAAACAGAUGGGAACGUUAGUUAUUUGCUCUCCUGUUUAUCAUCUGUAGAUGAUCAGCUGAAUGUCAAAAACAUGUGACCCGUGAUCCUUAGGCCUGUGCUUUUUAUAGCGUAUAAGGAGAGUUUUCACACUGUGUGUUCUUUGCGAGAAUAAACGCUCUCGAAUCGUUU